CUGGAGCUGGGAGGGUAGCCAUUCCUACGAGUGUGUGUGUGUCCCUGCUCGCUAGCGGUCUGUGUGUGUGUUCCCUGCUCGCUGGCGGUCUGUGUGUGACAGUGAGAAGGAGAUAUCUUGAGACACCGGGUAGGAAAGGCAGUGGAAGACUCUUUAGCUUUAAACUGAAGCUCAACAUUUGGACUUGGUGCCUAAGUACCACACACACACCUUCAUAUACACAUUACGGAGAAGGUGUGUGUGUGUGAGAGAUGUCAAGACAUUCUCCUCACCUGUGAGAGCAGUAACAGUUUCGUUACCCCGAGGAGGGGGGGGUUUGCGAUUGUCACUGGGGAUCUUUGCUUGGGUCAUCACCGUCGCCGGGUGCGUUGCCAGGUGUGUUGCCACGGCGGCACCAUGUUGAGGUGUGUUAUCCAACGGGCCAGCAACCUGCGGGAGAAGGAUGGUCGCCUUAGUGAUCCUCUGUGUGGAGUCAUCUUCAGAGGAUCAAAAAAGAAGACAAAAGUCAUCAAGAAUAACAUAAACCCUGUCUGGAAUGAGGGUUUUGAGUGGGACCUGAAGGGAAUACCUCUGGAUUCAGGAGCUGAGCUUCAUUUGGUGGUCAAGGAUCAUGAGAAGAUGGGGAGGAACAGGUCCGUUUAGGGUUUGUGUGUGUUU